GAGCUUGCCAAAUACUUUGAUAAGGAGGCCGACAACCUCGAAAAGUUACAGCAGUAUAAAUCGCCACAUUUGAUCAAGCCAGUCGCUGCCUAUCAGAUCAGGGAAGAGCGGUGCUUGAUCUUCCCUUGGGCGGACGGGGGCAAUCUGGGCAAUUACUGGGAGAAUCACGGGCGAAAGUCUCGUGAAUCGCAGAGCCUCCAAUGGAUCAUGCUCCAGUUCGUCGGAAUCUGUUCUGCCCUCGAAGAACUUCACGAUAGUAAUUGCCGACAUGGAGACUUGAAGCCUGAAAAUAUUCUCUGGUUUAAGGACGAUAAUGAUAUGGGGACAUUACAAAUUGCCGACCUGGGCCUCGCGGCAUUCCACGAAAAAGACGCUCACACAAAUGUGCGGUUAGGGAAGGACAAACACACCUCGACACCAUCGGGUACAUCUCGCUACGAGCCUCCAGAGAUGGACAAGGAGCGAGAAAAGCGGGCCGGCCAAGAGGCUCGAUCGCGUCAAUACGACAUCUGGUCAAUGGGAUGCAUCGUGCUCGAGCUACUAAUUUGGCUUACCUACGGUUACCAAGCUGUGGAAUCAUUCAGAAAGAAUACUGAUUAUUUCUGGGAGCUUCAAGAGCAAAGCCGGUAUGUUGUCCACCAUUACGUGACCUCACGCAUGAGUAUUAUGGACACGCAACUGCAGGACAACACGGCUUACAAGGAGCUUUUACACCUCGUGCGGACCAGGCUUCUCGUUGUGAAAGUGUCACAGACUUACGAAAGCCAACCGGAAUUUCGGGAGAUUGCGAAGGUGCUCUUUACAAGCAUCAGGAAAAUUCAGGAAAAAUGUCAAUCCAAACCAUCCUAUCUUACCCCUGUGGGCCUGGCAACACCACCUCGAAGAGAUGUACCCAGGGCCCCGCAGACUUCACUCUCUUCUCACAUCUCUGACCCAGAAGAAGAUGCCGGUCCUCGGAUUUUAGUCAGUGAUCACUCUUCCACUAGCGUUCAGGUAUAUUUCACUAACCUUUCUCUCCUACAUAGAACAACCAAACCGCUCGUUGACGUUUGGGAGUCCAUUCCAGAUAACAAUUUUGCUGCCGAAUUAUUCAGAUUGAUUAAAUGGGAUGGAGUAAAACCACGUCGAAAAAAACGUGGUGUCUUCUUAUGCUCUAGAUGCAAAGCCAUUGACUCUACACAGCUAUUUGACACGAAAUGUGACCUUUCAAAGCUUGAGCGAACAAUCUGCGAUUUGUGUGUGCUACUGUCUGAGGCCUUGGAGCGAGAGAAGAUUACUGGAGUUGUUACAUUACGUCAAAAUGGUGCUAUCGUAGGGGUCGAAAACGGUCCAAAUCUGCUCUCGAUAUAUGUCGAUCCAGGCCCGAAUAUCCCACCAGGAGCACAACUCGGUUUGCCAAGCCUCUUGGAACAAGGCAGCGUGGAACAGUUCACGCUAUUGAAUGAAUGGAUCAGAGUCUGUGACUCGACGCAUGAUAAGUGUCGUCGCGACAAUGCAGGAGACAUCUUAACGAUGCCGACGCGCCUCAUAGAGGUUGGUGAGCCCGUCCGUCUAGUGGAUUCCGCCUCAAUCAAAACCUCUCCAUAUGUAGCUCUUAGCCACUGUUGGGGUCCGCUCAAAGACAAUGAAAAGUUCUGCACUUCCAAGCGCAACAUCGAACAGCUUAAAUCAUGUAUCCCUCUUCACAGCCUCCCUCGUACGUUCCGGGACACAGUCACUAUAACACGAGGGCUCCGCAUCAAGUAUAUCUGGAUCGACUCGUUGUGUAUCAUCCAGGACGACGACGAUGACUGGGAACGCGAGUCGGGCAAAAUGGAGCGAGUUUUCAGUGAUGCGUACUGCACUAUCGGAGCCAGUUCAGGCAGGUCCUCUCUUGAGGGAUUCCUUGCGGACCGUACACCCCGGGAUUACGUGCAGCUGCAGACGCAAAGCGCCGGGGCACUCUACGUGUGCCCUGCUAUCGACGACUUUCAUCGCCACGUCGAGCUUGGAGAGCUCAACCGCCGUGGAUGGGUGUUGCAGGAGAGGGCGCUGUCGCGUCGCUCCAUAUACUUUACAUCCACGCAGGUGUACUGGGAGUGCGGAAAGGGGGUACAGUGCGAGACUUUGGCCCGUCUUUACAACUCCAAAGCCGCCUUGCUCGGCGACGCCAAUUUCCCGAAUUCCGCCCUGGAGUACUACCGGGACGGGAGGCAGGUGCUGAUCCAGGACCUCUAUGAACGGUACUCUGGGCUGGCGUUCACGAAGCCGUCGGACCGACCGGUGGCGAUCCUGGGACUCCAGGAGCGGUUGGCAAGGGCAUUCCGGACACAAGCCGCAUACGGAUGCUUUGCAGUGUACUUCGCGCGUGGCAUCCUCUGGACGCGCCGCGAUGACAAGCGCAUGACGCGCAUUAUUCUACCAGCUGGCCGUCGCGUUCCGAGUUGGUCGUGGAUCUCCAAAGAAGGUCCCAUCAAAUACAUGGAGUUGAAGUUCAAAGAGAUCGACUGGGCGACCACGGUGGACUUCGAGAACCCAUUUACUCGCGAGCUUGCCGCAGAGCCCGAGCAGUCUUCAGGAUUGGGCGUUGGCGGAGAAUUGGGGACUUUACGUGGACUAGCAAGGAGAAUCCAGAUGACAAAGUGGGAGGUCUUAAACUAUAUAAUUUUUGACGAGGAGGGGCCGCCCGAUUACGAGGAUCUCCGGUGUGUUGUCAUUGGGCGGGACAAGGUCGAAAAUGGCGAGGAUAAUCCCAAGCAUCAUGCGCUUAUUAUUCUACAGGUUAGAAGUGUUCUGGGGGUAGACAUUUAUGAGAGGGUAGGAGUAGCAUCCUUGAAACCGGAACAUGUGGAAAGUGGAGGGGCGUGGGUUAGAAUUAUGUAA